AUGGCCAGCGUCUUGGAGGAAGUGCAGGGCGCUGUGCAGUACUUGGUGCAAGCGAAGCAGUGCCUCUCCGACGGCAAGUUCGUCGAAAGCCGGAAGGCGCAGGUCGAUCGUCUGGCCGUUCUGUGCUCCAGCUUGCCGUCCAACCAGCACUCCGGGACGGCGAUGAGGACACUUCGCGAAUCCGGAGUUUUCACGGACGAGCAGCUGGAGCGCUUGGCGGAAGGGCUUGGCAGCACCGGGAGGUCGUCAGUGGCGGUGCUGUGGCAGCAGGGCAAGUGCCAGGACUACGAGCACUUCUUCCGGGUCCUGCCUGCGGCGGUGUGGGAGCAGAUCGCUGCAGGCCGGGAGGCUGAAGAGUGGGAGGUCUUCUCGGUGCUCGCGGAGUUCCUCGCACGGGCCGGGUGCAUCUCGCCUUCGGAGUUCACAUGCCGAAGCCUGACGGCUUUCAUGUUGCUCCGCUUCCGGAAGGAUUGCCUGUCGUUGAGCGCCCAGGAGAAGCACGACUUCUACGUGAAGUACAAAGACGCUUUGCGGGCGAGGCUGCAAGGCCACUUCGACAGCAAUCCUGAGCGGAAGUUUUGGCCGAUCGUGUGGAAACUGACCACACCGAACUGCUUGCCAGCGGAGUGGCUGCAGUGUUCGGGGAUCGGCCCGGCGAGUGCAGCCACUGGUGCACGGCCCAAGGAGUCGGAGGUCCGGUGCUACGCGCUGACCAUAGCGUGCAGGGAUACACACCGGGAUCUCUGGCGAGCCGGUCGGAAGACUGCUGCCCAAGCCAGCGGCUCUAGCGGCGGGGAGGUCAAAGCCGUGAUGAGUUUACUUGAGAAGCUCCUCGCUGGCUGCCUGCCACAGCCCACGCUGGAAGGCUUGCCUCUGACCAGGCAGCUUACUCAGACGGCAGCUCUCCCUGCACUGACGCUGCCUUUGCCAGUCGAGCAGCCCGCUCCGGAAGGUGUCCCCGCACUCACGCUGACCCAGCAGCCCGAAGAGCAGCCAGCCGCACCGCCAGCCUCACUUGCAGCGAGCACGCCAAGCCUUCCUGAGCCGAAGCCAGCAAGCCAAACAGCUUCGCCCAACAACCUGCAGGUCUGCCCGAGCAGUUCUACCGGCCAGCUUCCGUCUACCGAGGAGGUCAACCCGGCGCUGGCUUCCCUGAACGCUUUCACUAACAAGUACCAGGUGGUGGAGAACCUGCCGAAGACCGAGGAGAACCAGGAAGUGAAGAAGCCCAAGGCAAAGGCCAAAGCAAAAGCCAAAACUGCUGCGAAGGCUGCUCCUAAGCCGAAAGCUGCAGCGAAGGCCAAGGGCAAAGCCGCUGCGAAGGCCAAAACUGCUGUGAAGGCUGCUCCUAAGCCGAAAGCUGCAGCGAAGGCCAAGGCCAAAGCCGCUGCGAAGGCCAAGGCUGCCGGAAAGGCGGAGCACAAGAAGAAGGACGACUUGUUGACCCUGCGGAAGCAGCUGCUCGCCGACGCCGGGGUCGACAACACUCUCGUCCUGAAGUUCGGCUCUGGUUGUGCGAGGUGCCGCAAGCGACCUCUGUGCACUUUGUCGUGCUGGAAGUUGCGGGGGUUCAGCCCUUCCAAGAAGGCCUGGAAGAACCUCACCGCCGGAAGGCAGUAG